CACUGAUUAAUUUCGAUUCCCGACUUCCGCACAGUAUAUUCUUCUUGUUGAUGAGAUAAGGCUUCACUCUGCAUCUCCCUUCCAUUACAGCACCAAGCCACCAACAACACUAGAAAUGCAAUCUCCAUCUCUAAACACCCUGAAAUUCUCCACCCCAUUUCUCCCCCCACCACCCCCUCUCACCCCUCUCCACCCCCUUCACAAAUCCCAAUGCAAAUCCACCCCCAUCCUCUCCACUUUCACCCCCAACCCCCCACCUCAAAAACAAGUCUACCAGCCUUUUAGGCCACCCCCUGCUCCCAUCCCACCCCAAUUCCGCUCCCUCGACGCCCCUGCUCGCCUCGACAUCCUCUCCAAUCGCCUCGGCCUCUGGUUCGAUUACGCCCCUUUGAUCCCCUCACUGACCCAAGAAGGCUUUUCUGCUCCCACCAUAGAGGAGAUCACUGGGCUUACUGGGGUGGAGCAGAAUCAGCUGAUUGUGGGGGCUCAGGUGAGGGACUCUCUGGUUCAGGCUGAGGUUGAGGAUGAGGUCUUGAGGUUUUAUGAUCUGGGUGGGGCCCAGUUGUUGUAUGAGAUUAGGCUGUUGAGUGUGGAGCAGAGGGCGGCGGCGGCGAGGCUGAUUGCGAGGGAGAAUUUUGAUGUGAAGGGUGCGCAGGAGGUGGCGAGGGCGAUUAAGGAUUUUCCGAGGAGGAAGAGGGAGAAGGGGUGGGAGUGUUUUGAGUAUAGGAGUCCUAGGGAUUGUCUAGCGUUUUUGUAUUAUAGGCUUGCGUUGGAGCAUGAGAGUUUCGAGGUGAGGAAGGGGGGGUUGGUUAAGGCGUUGGAGAUGGCGGAGAGUGAGAGGGCGAAGAAGAGGAUUUUGGAGGAUUUGGAGAGGAAGGGAGGGGGGGAGAAGGGUGAGGAUGUGGUUGUGGCGGUGAAAGUGCCGGUUGUGAGGAUGAAGGUGGGGGAGGUCUCGGAGGCUACUUCUGUGGCGGUUUUGCCUGUUUGUAGGUCGGAGAUGAGGGAGGAGGAGGUGGUGGAUGCGCCUUGGGAAUGUGGGACUGGGGGGGAGUUUGGAGUGGUGGUGGCAGAGAAGCCGUGGAGUAGGUGGGUGGUUUUGCCCGGGUGGGAGCCUGUCGUGGGACUUAAGAAAGGGGGAGUUGUGGUUGGAUUCCCGGAUGCUAGGGCAUUGCCUUGGAAGGUGAAUAAGUGGUAUAAGGAGGAGUCGAUUCUUGUUGUUGCUGAUAGAAAGGCAAAGGAAGUGGUGACUGAUGACGCGUUUUAUUUAGUUUGCAAAGAGAACGGAUUGAAGGUCGAGAGAGGGUCUGCGUUAAAGGGAUCAGGGAUAGAGGAGAGUUUAGGAACCGUUGUUUUGGUUGUUAGGCCACCAAAAGAAGAUACAGAAAAUCAGUUGGAAGAAGAUUGGGAAUGACGAAUGAAAGGAUGUUAAAAACUCAAACUUUGAUCAACACAUAGAAGUUAAAACGAGGAAGGCGGAAUCAAAAUCUUACAGUUCAAAGAUGCACAGAUAUGUUUUUAUUGUUAAAAUCAGCAGAACUAUUUGGUCUUGUGAAUAUAAGAUGUUUAGAUUGAAUCAACCAGGUGUAGACUUUAGGUAUAUUUGUGCUUCUGUUUUGUUAGUUGGUACCUAGAAACUAAUACACUGAAACUGUGAAAGAAUAUAGAUCCUUUUAUUAUUUGUGACCUAUUUAUUCAAAUGAUACUUGAACUAGC